UGCUGGCUGCUGUUAACGGACUGGUCGCGUGCUCCGCGGUUGGCCGUUACAGCAGCGAUAAACCCCUCCGUGAGUCAGCGCUCGGACGUUCGGCGGAGAGGACAGGAAGCGGAGCGGAGCGGAACAGCAGCCGGGAUGUCUCAGCAGCAGAUAGUCGUGGAGCGUGCCAGGAAGGCCUUUCGUACUGGUCGAUCCAAACCGCUAGAGUACCGCAUCACCCAGCUGAAGAACCUCCAGCGCCUUUUUGUGGAGAGGCAGAAGGAUAUCACAGAUGCCCUCAAGAAGGACCUCAACAAGAGCGAGUUUGGCAUCCCGCUUUAUGAGACGCUGGGUGUGGAGGGAGAGAUCAACAUGGCUAUCAGCAAGCUAGCUGAGUGGGCCGCGCCUCGGCCGGUGACUAAAAACCUGCUGACCAUCUCAGAUCAGGUGUACAUUCAGCCUGAGCCACUGGGGGUAGUGCUCAUCAUCGGGGCCUGGAACUACCCCUGGGCCAUCACCAUCCAACCGCUAAUCGGAGCCAUCGCUGCAGGUAAUGCUGCUGUCAUUAAGCCAUCAGAAGUGUGUGUACACACUUCCAAAGUGAUGGAGGAUCUUCUGCCAUUGUACUUAGACAAGGAGUUGUACCCAGUGAUUACUGGUGGAGUCCCAGAAACUCAGGAGCUGCUGAAGCAGAGGUUCGAUUUCAUCUUCUACACUGGAAACUGCGCGGUCGGCAAAGUGAUCAUGGAGGCAGCCGCUAAACACUUAACCCCUGUCACCCUGGAGUUGGGUGGAAAAAGUCCCUGUUACAUCGAUAAGAACUGCGAUCUUUCCAUUGCCUGUCGACGCAUUGCUUGGGGAAAGUACACCAACUGCGGUCAAACCUGCAUCGCCCCAGAUUAUAUCCUGUGUGACCCGAGUAUCCAGGACAGAGUAAUAGAAGAGAUAAAGAAGAAUGUAAAGGAAUUCUACACGGAAAAUCCCAAAACCUGCCCGGACUACGGACGCAUCAUCAACACUCGGCAUUUCAAGAGAGUGAUGGCGUUGCUGGAGGACAGCACCGUGGCUAUGGGAGGAGACAACGACGAGUCUGAAUGCUACCUCGCUCCAACAGUCUUAAGGGACGUGAAGCCCGAUGCAAAGGUCAUGCAAGAAGAGAUCUUUGGACCAGUUCUGCCUAUCCUGAGUGUCGGGAGUGUGGAUGAGGCCAUCGAUUUUAUCAACCAGAGAGAGAAACCUCUGGCACUCUACGUCUUCACCUCAGACAAAAAGCUCAUCAAGCGUAUGAUCUCAGAGACUUCCAGCGGAGGCGUUUUAGCCAACGACUGCUUGGUGCACUUCUCCGUCAGCUCUCUGCCGUUUGGUGGUGUGGGCAACAGCGGGAUGGGCUGCUACCAUGGCAAGUUUAGCUUCGACCAGCUGAGUCACCUGCGAGGCUGCCUGGUCAAGCAGCUGAAGAUGGAAGGAAUGAACAGCAUGCGGUACCCGCCGCACACGGCCAAGAAACUGGGCUGGGCUCGCUUCUUCAUCCUCAAACAGGUGGAGAUGGGCACGCUGGCACGCAUAGCUGUACUGGCUCUGCUGGCCGUCGCCGCCGCCGUGAUGGUUCAGGGGUUCCUUUCUGACUGAGGGAGUGAAACUGGUGCUGAGGUUUUAUCCCCAGUUCUAAGGAAAGCAACCAAUCAGGAUAGUCCCUUGUCCUCCGAACAUUUCAUCAGCCUUGAAAGUAGUGUCUUUUAAAUCACUUCUCGUAACUGCAUCUAAUUCUAAUGAAGGACCCAAAUUCAGCGCAUGCUGAUUAACAAUGAUUUUUUAACUGACUUUUAUAUUAAUGCCAGUUUAAUCUGUGAAUAAUUUGCUCACAGUGAGCGUUUUUGCUAAAAUCUGGAUGAUUUUUAUGAAGGCAAAGAAAUGAUUACUACUGUAUCUAGCAUCAUAACUCAGGAAUGAAGGGCUUUCUAUAGUUCAUAAGCAUUGCAUUGUGUCCCUGUCUUAACAUUCCGUAAAUUAUUAUUAUUAUUAUUGGUGGCCUGAUUGAGACUGUUCCUGCCAUUCCGUCUCCUUUAUUUUGGAAGUUAUCAGCUUGAUUUGACCAACAGCACACUUAGGAUGUUUUAGGGACGUUGUAGAAAGUAUACAAUAAUACUGUAAGUAACACUGUAUAAAAACCCUUUAUAAUAGUUUGUGCAUUUAGUUAAGUCAAAGUAAUAUCUUCCAAGAUCAGAGGGGUGUUCGAUGUACCGCUGGGAGGUCGUGAGUGUAAAUCCUGAUCAGGUACGUGGAAGAGGGUGAAUAGUUUCCCUGCUUGUAGGUGGGACUUGUCAGGAAAAAAGUUACAGUCUCACACAGUUAACCCAUAACAGUGAGCAAGGAGUCUUCUCUUCUUUCGUUUUUUUUUACUCAAGUCAAAUCUUACAUCUUACUCAAGUGAUCUUUGAUACAAUAUUCAUGCAAUGCUACUAAACGUUUAAUCAAGCCCCAAUGUGAAUAUCUUUUAAAUAAACUGUGCAGGUUUAAAGCACUAUAUGAAAUCUACAUUUUAAAGGGUACAUUUCUGCUUUACCUAGAGGAAGUCCAUAUCACUCAUUUCUUGAUAUUAAACAUUAUUGGUCCCAGGGUUAAGAUCGUGUUACGUCCUGAUAUGAACAUGAUGUGUUAAAAAGUCUAUUGUAUGCUCAGAGAAGAAAACAUUUAUAAGAAAAGAAAAAAAAAUCCAAAAUUUUCUUGCAACACACUACACUGUUGUAAUCAUAUGAUUGAUUUUGACCUGCGACUCUCUGGUGCCACCCAGUGACACAAGUCAGUAUCGCACCGCUUAUAGCUAACCCAUGAAUAACAUUCAAAAUUCGCUGUACUGUUCUUACUUAAUGCGUCUCACUAUUGCACCACUGUAAAGUUCGAAAUCAUAAGGCGAACCAUCAUAAGUCUGGGACCAUCUGUGAAAUGUUUUAUUACAUUUUAUUACAUUUUAAAAAUGUAGCUACCUCCUGGCCAGUAAUUGUUGCUCCAAAUCUGCACAUGUUACAGUAGAUACUGUAUUCUGACUAUUUCAGAGUUAAUCAGCUCAUUAUAAUUUAAUUUUUAAUCUCUUAAUGAAGUAAAUAACGUGUGCUGAAGCUUUCGUCCUUGAGGACCGACACUGACUGAAAACAAAAACGCAAUGUCAUUUUUUAAAAUAACUACUUUAUUAAAGCAAUCACUGUUAAUAUCCAUCCAGUAAGAACUCAUUACUGGGUGAAACUGGAUUUUUUUUUUUUUUUUUUUGAGUACUUAUAUACCUUAUAUCUCUCUGGUCUGUCAUUUCAUUUUUUUUCUUUUUUAAAUGUAAUAUCACUGAUAAAUAUUAAUGGAUUAAUAAGUGCAUUCAUGAAGUCAUUUUCUAACCUGUAAAAUAAAUAAUUUUU